UGUCCAUCCUCCUCUUCUCUCUCCCCCUCCUCUUCUUCCUUCUGCGCCCUCACACACAUAUUCUCUCCUCCCCCAACCAUUCUCUCUCUAGCUCUCUCUCUCCACACAUACACAAAAGCGCAGAAGCAGCUAGCGAGCACAUGCACACAGGCCAUAGGUAAAACUUUCGCAAGAAACCAUUGCUUGCGUUAUCUCCCUGACUUAGACAACAGCAGAAACUCUGUAUGGAGCAAGAAGAGGUCGGUCUAGCCCUGGCCCUCUCCCUCGGCUCCUCCGGCCACCACGAGCUUAAGGAACAGCCCUCGCCGUCGUCGCGCUCAUGGGCGCGGUUGGAGCCGUCGUUGUCGCUCAGCCUCCCAACCAAAGACAGCCGCCUGUCGGCUCCGGUGAGGAUUGCUGCCGUGAAGAGAGAGCUGCCGAUGGAGGAGGACGAUGAGGCCACCGCCGACAGGGCGCUUUACUCGGUGGCGUCGUCGGCGCUGGUAGCGGCUGACGACGACGAAGGGUGCAACAGCCGGAAGAAGCUGAGGCUGACCAAGGAGCAGUCGGCGCUGCUGGAGGACCGCUUCAAGGAGCACAGCACCCUCAACCCUAAGCAAAAGGCUGCUUUGGCAAAGCAACUGAAUCUGAGGCCGAGGCAAGUGGAAGUGUGGUUCCAAAACAGAAGAGCCAGAACGAAAUUGAAGCAGACAGAGGUGGACUGCGAGCUUCUCAAGCGCUGCUGCGAGACGUUAACUGAGGAGAACCGACGCCUCCACCGCGAGCUCCAGCAGCUCCGCGCCCUCAACCACCCCCACCCAGCCACCUUUUUCAUGCCCGCCGCCACGCUCUCCAUCUGCCCCUCCUGCGAGCGCCUCGCCGGAGCGCCUGCCACCACCACCACUGGUGCAGACCGGCCCAAGGCGGGCGGCGGCCCCGGCCGAGCAGCCCAUUUGUUCAGCCCUUUCACCCAUUCCACUGCCUGCUGAACGUUUCGUCCAUCAAUUCACCCAUGAUUUAGGCAAUAGCAAAUCAUUUUAAUCAUUAUAUGUAUAUAUAUACAUAUAUUUUUAGCUAGCCAUUCUAUCUCUGCAUCAUCGAUUAUUCGUCAUCAUGUACAAGCAAUUGAUUGGCCAUAGAUUGCAUAUAUUCCCCUCCCCUCCCCCUUAAUUCGUUAGCUUUGUUUUUUCACAAGCUAAUGAAAUACUAGCGUGUGAGGAGGAUGGAGCACCACGCAUGCAUGCAUCUAGGGAAAAAAAAUGUCUAGCUUGGUGUUGCUGCUGCUAUAGGUAGUAUUGUGGAUGUUGUUGGUGUAGCUAUAGCUUUAGUAGUUGUUACUGAUGAAUUUCCUUUUAUUAAUUGUCAGUCAGGGAAGUAUCAUCAUUAGAUGAUGAUGACAUGACACCACAUACACAUCCCAGUUUAUUUGGAUGUGAAUUCAUGUAUAUAUCCAUAUGAUGUAUUUGUUUCACCAACUCUAUAAUAUAUUGAUUUGUUUUGAGAAA